AUGGCAGUCUUUACCUCAACCGUCCUAGAGAGAGUACCUGUGUAUCUCCCCAUAGCCGCGAGUUUCCUGUCAUUCCUCUUCCUGUCCCUUCUGUUUUCUCCUGAGAGGAUAUAUAAAGCGCAUCGGCUGGGGAAGUCUCGCAUGUUAUCACUGCUGUCCGGGCAGAAGUCGAUACGAUGGCACAUUGAUGAACUUGUCGAGCAGGGCUACCUGCAGGUCAAUAAAGCCCUAGAAAAGCCCUUUGUCAUCAACUGGUGGGGGCUUGACUGCCUUUUCAUGCCGGCCAAGUAUCUGGACGACCUUCGCAAGGCGGAUUUCGAUAGCCUGAGUUUCUUCCAGAGCCUGAGCGAUGCUUUCCAUCUUCAAGCGUCGGUUGGAGACCUGUACAGCACCAACGUAAUGAUUGAUGCGGUCAAAAGACGGCUGAAUCCCCAAUUACCAAAAGCGAUGUCGUAUCUGGUUGAUGAAUGUGACCACACAUUCUCUGCAGAGCUGGGUGACGCAAAGGAUUGGAAAUCGUACAAUGCGCUUCAGAUUUGUUCAACAUUGAUGCACCGCGUGACCAGUCGGAUCCUGAUCGGGGAGGAAAUCUGUCGCGAUCCCGAGUAUAUCAAGCUAUCCAUGAAGUUCUCAGAAUCCGUGUUCAUGAACGGCGUCAUGCUCUCGACUCUCUCGCUGGGACCAUUCCGCAAGACGGUCUCUUGGAUCGGCUCGUUCGCUCACCGCAGGACCUUGAACCAGUUAAUUCGUCUCUUGAUCCCCGUGAUCGAAAAGCGCCUGGAUGAGAUGAAGCGCGACCCCACCGGCCCCAAGCCAUUCGACAUGGUCCAAUUCACGAUUGAGCUGGCACCAUCGGACAAGGAAAGGACACCGGAGCGACUGGCACAUCAGAUCCUUCAGAAUCUCUGGGCCGGCAGCGGCGCACCAGGAGGGCUGCUGACACAAAUGGUCUAUCAGGUCCUCACGUACCCGGAAUAUCUGGAGCCGAUGAGGGAGGAAAUCCGCAGCGCCAUUGCCGAGCAUGGCUGGACCGACAAGAUGCUGAACAACAUCCCCCUCGUCGACAGCUUCCUGCGAGAGACAAACCGCCUCUAUCCGAACGGCGCUGUAACGGCCGCACGAACCAUCAUGGGAAAGCCCUUCCAGUUCCACGACGGAACCACAUUGCCCGUUGGCGCGCGGAUUGCCUUCCCCUCGCGCGCCAUUAUGUGCGACAGCGCCAACUUCGACAACCCAUAUGAGUUUGAUGGGUUCAGAUUUGCACGCCUGGCAAGUCAGAAGGAGUCGUCCUCUGAUUCCCGCGAGCAGCUGUAUAAUUCGGCAACAGUAACCAAGACGAACCUUGCAUUUGGCUACGGAAAGCAUGCCUGCGUGGGCCGCUUCUACGCUGUUCGCAAGGUGAAGCUGGUAUUUUGCCGUCUCAUGCUAGACUACCUGGUUGAAUGGGAAGGCAAUGUCACAGAGAGACCUCCCAGUCUGUGCAUUGAGGGUCAGCUGGUGCCUAAUCCUGAACAGAAGAUUCGCAUCAAACGGAGAGCAGAAGCUUGA